GAGCUCUGCAGUGCGCUGUUUAUGUUCAUGUGAGAUUAACGGUACACUUAUUUCGGUUUGGACCAAUAAACCGCAACACACUUCAACAGCAUGUCCGCGGCUACACAAGCAGAGAGAGCUGUGCUGGAGGAAGAGUUUAACUGGCUGCUGAAGGAGGAGGUUCAUGCCGUCCUCAAACAGCUGCAGGACAUUUUAAAGGAGGCGUUGAGGCGGUUUUCUGUUCCUGCCCCGGGCAUGGAGAGUCAGCUCAAACAGGAGAACUUCAUCCUCGGCAGCUCCACGAUGGACCAGGUGAAGGGCGUGCUGACUCUACAGGGGGAAUCACUCACUCAGGCUGACAUUAACAUUAAAGUGGCUAAAAGUGCUCAGCUGAUGCAUUUCACAUUCCGAGAGGACAAACAGUGGAAGUUACAGCAGAUUCAGGAUGCGAGGAACCACGUGAACCAGGCUCUCCAUCUGCUCAGCAGUCGUGAUGACACCUACCAGUUCAGAACCGGAGCCGAAGUCAACAAGCUGAUGGAUGCAGUGAUGCUACAGUUGACCCGCGCUCGUAAUCGACUCACCACUCCGGCCACCAUGACUCUCUCUGAACUGGCCUCCACCGGAUUAAUGAAGAUGUUCACCCCCCCGAUGCCCGGUGACGUGAUGGUGAAUCUCUACAUCAAUCUGAGUAAACUGUGUCUGACCGUCUAUCAGCUCCACGUCCUGCAGCCCAACACCACCAAGAACUUCCGACCAUCAGGAGGGUCAGUGGUGCACCAGCCUGGAUCCAUGUUUGAGGUGAACAACACUAAGUUUGAGGUGAGUCACGUACACAAGGUGGAGUGUGUGGUGCCGUGGCUCAACGACACGCUCGUCUUCUUCACCAUCUCACUGCAGCUCUGCCAACAGCUCAAGGACAAGAUUUCGGUGUUUUCCAGCUUCUGGAACUACAGACCGUUUUAAUCCUCUCCAGAUCUGUACGCUCCCAGUACAGGAUGAAGGAUGAUGAUGAUGAUGAUGAUGAAUCUGUAGUACUGAAGGCGUCUGGGACCCAGACUGAAACGUUUCCGUUAUUAAUGUGGACUCGUCCCGAUUUAUUUACAUUUCUGAGAGAAUCUGUGAAAUAAUCCGAGCGUCUCGAUCAAAUCUAUUAUUCAGAUAUGUGGACGUCACUUAUUCUGCAUUUAUUUGCAUUCAACCCCCCCCCCCCAGUACAUACGUACACUAUAUAGCCAAAAGUAUUCGGAUGCCUGACCGUGAGCUCAUUCCAAAAACAAACACUACUAGAACUGACUGACCUUCUGUGUGAUCUAGAACAGCAGCCGCUCUUCCGAGAAGCUUCUCAGCAGACUUUGAAGUGUGUCUGUGGGAAUUUGUGCCCAUAUUUAUAGAGCUCACUCAUGCUGGAACAGGAGAGGGCCUUCCCUAACCUGAUGCUGCAGAGUUGGAAGCAUGUCAUGUUCUUUAUAUAAGUGAUUUAUUGCACCUGUUAGUGACUGAAACACGUGAAUUUAAUGAUUGAAAGGGGCGUCCCAAUACUUUUGGCCCUACAGUGUCUGUAUAGAUUGAUGUUUAUUUAUAUAUUAGCGUUAAUGUAAUAUAAUGAUUAUAAUGAUUUAGCUGGUACAUUCCGUUCUGAACUCUGUCGUUUAUUCCUCUGAUUUAUUGAUGUGAAUUAUUUUUGCACUUUGAUGAUCUGAUUGUAACAGAACAAACAUCACUGAUGUGUGUAGUUGUGUGUAGUUGUGUGUAGUUGUGUGUAGUUGUGUGUAGUUGUGUAUGUUGAAUAUUCGCUCCUGUGCAGUAAAUGUGCUUUACACCACCA